AGGCACCAAAAAUACUCUUACAAAUGCAGCCCAGGAAGAACGCAGCCUUCGAAUCCGGCCAUAGCUGAAAUUUCUCUUCGUGCUAAAAAGUAUUGCGUUGUGAAAAGCUGAAUAGUCCGCCUCCCACCGCGGAAGGCUGAUGGGUUUUCCACAGAGGUUCUUCACGCUGAAUUCUAUUGCCACAGACAGAGCCAUCAUCCAGAUCGCUCACAAUGUUCUCUGCAACCACAUGGACUUUGCUGGCCCUAUUUUUCACCGUCCUCUUGCUAUAUGGGGUCUGGCCGUAUCGGGUUUUCAGGAAGCUGGGCAUUUCAGGACCGAUGCCCCUGCCGUUUGUUGGAAAUGUUCUGCAAAUGGGGAGGGACAUUUUGAGCUUCGAUCGUCAGUGCCUGGACAAGUAUGGAGAUGUUUGGGGAGUUUUCGAGGGAAGGCAACCAAUGUUGAUGGUUGCAAAUCCCGAGCUUGUCAAAGCUGUUAUGGUGAAGGAGUGUUACAGUGCGUUUACAAACCGCAGGAACUUUUUUCCAGAAGAUGGACCAUUAGCUGAUGGUGUUGCAGUUGUUAAAGAUGAAAAGUGGAAAAGGAUCCGCAGCUCAUUGACUCCAUGCUUUACCAGUGGAAGACUGAAACAGGUUUAUCCCCUUGUUGCACGCUACGCAGAGAACCUUGUUAAAAAACUUGGACGAAUGAAUUCGGACGAACCCAUUGAUGUCAGACAAUUUGUGGCACCAUACAGCAUGGAUGUUGUGGCCAGCACAUCUUUCAGUGUGGAUACAGACUGUAUAAAUAACCCCGAUGACCCUGUUAAUGUUCAAGCCCAGAAAGCGACAAACUUCAAUUUUUGGCCAGUUAUUUUACAAACAAUGAUUCCUUUUGGUGAUCUCCUGCUGAAGCUCCUCAAAUUUGAAACUCUCCCCAGAUCUAAUGUGGAUUUUUUUUAUGAUCUCAUCAAGAGACUGAGAGACCAACAUAAAGCAGGGAAACUGACUCGACCAGACUUUCUGCAGGUGCUGAUUGAUAGCGAGAUACCUCAAGAACAUGUAAAGAAUGAACAACCAAGUAAAGGUUUGACUGAACAUGAGGUCCUUUCCCAGGCCUUUGGCUUUGUAUUAGCUGGCUAUGAGACAAUGUCCAACACUCUGUGUUUCAUCCUCUACAAUCUUGCCACAAAUCCUGAUGCAAUGUGCACUUUGCAAAAAGAAAUUGACAGCAAUCUACAAAAUGAUGGAUCAUUUUCUUACGAAGAGCUGAGUGGUCUGGAGUAUCUCGACCAGGUUCUUUGUGAGUCGAUGCGUUUUUUUUCACCCACACCUCGACUUGACCGGGAGUGCAAAAAGACCAUAGAGAUCCAUGGCGUCACCAUCCCCAAAGGAACCUUGGUUGCGAUUCCUGUGUCUCUCUUACAUAUGGACCCACGCUUCUGGAGCUCACCUGAGAUUUUCCGGCCAGAGAGAUUCAGUAAGGAGAAUGCAUCAGAGCUGAACCCAUAUGCUUACAUGCCCUUUGGCUUGGGGCCUCGUAACUGUGUUGGGAUGCGCUUCGCAGUUCUCGUCAUGAAGAUGGUUAUUGUGCGACUCUUGCAGAGUUACUCUCUGGAAACGUGCAAAGACACCUUGAUUCCCAUGCAGUAUGAUUGGCAGUUUCAACCCAUCAAACCAAUCAAACUUAAGUUUGUUCCAAGAAAACAGUGAUUCCAGAAGAACCAACCAAUGCCUGCAUCUACUUCUCUGCCAAAUGGUGGUAUUAAUUGAACUUCGGUAAAUUUUAAUUAUGCAUGUGAUUUUGCUUUGUUUUUUCAAACUCAGAUGUAUUUGACUCAUCUUAAAUCUUUUUUUUUUUGGUAUUUGAAUAGUUUAUUGGGUGAUGAUUUUAAAGUUCGAGAAGCAUAAAGAUGUUUGCAAAUUUUCUGUUAACUAAUAAAUAGACAUAAUUGUUCAUACCUA